AUGGGUCAAGAAGAAGAUCGGUGGGUGGCAAUCCCGCCGCCGCAGCCGUUUGUGAAGUCACUGAAGAACACUCUAAACGAGACAUUCUUCCCCGACGAUCCACUCCGGCAAUUCAAGAAUCAGCCACCGUGCCAAAAGUUAAUAUUUGGCCUUGCAAUUCCUCAAGGAAUUAGUUAUGCAAAACUUGCAAACUUGCCACCAAUUCUUGGCGUAUAUUCAAGCUUUGUUUCGCCAUUAAUAUAUGCAAUCAUGAGAAGUUCUAAGGGCUUAGCAGUGGGGACUGUUACUGUUGGAUCACUCCUUACAGCUUCUAUGUUAGGCAACGUAGUGAAUGCAAAUGAGAAUCCAAAACUUUAUCUUCAUCUUUCUUUUAUAUCUACAUUUUUUCACUGGCCUCUUCGAAGCUGCUCUGGGCAUUUUCAGGCAAGUUAA